AUGUCAUUACGAUCGACAAAGAGAGUAAUUUCUCUCCUUCCUUCUGCAGCUGAAAUAAUUACAUUAAUCGCUGGCAAUGAUUCGGGUAUUCAACUUGUAGGAAGAAGUCAUGAGGAUGAUUAUCCAGCCUCGAUCACUAAGUUGCCGAUUCUUACUGCACCAAAAACCAGAUUUACAACAUCUGCUGAGGUAGAUGCACAAGUUACUCAAUUCCUUGCGCAGGGAGAUAGUCUUUAUACCUUGGAUGCUAAAAAAUUGAAAAGUUUAAAUCCGGAUAUAGUAGUUACUCAGGAUCUGUGUAAUGUAUGCUCUGUCGAUUUAAAUAUGGUACAACAAAUCGUGAAAGAAAUGAAUCCAGCUCCAACUAUUGUGACUUUGAAUCCUAUGUCGCUCGAUGAUGUCAUCAAAUCAAUCGAUGACGUUGGUUCGGCACUCGAUAUGGUUGAUGAAUCUACUUUAGUUCGGUCAAAGUUAUUGUCGCGUAUAAAACAUGCCCGAGAAGUUGCAUUUCAAAGUCAUAAGGCUGGUAAAAAACGCGCUCGUGUAACGUUCUUUGAAUGGACUUCUCCGAUCUAUUUAGGAGGUCAUUGGACACCGCAAAUGAUUCGUUGGAGUAAUGCAAUGCAAAUAUUGAAUGAUUGUAAGGAUGGUGAAAUUGCUGAAAUGGGAGCUCCGCCAUCGUUUCGCGUUCCACCACAAGAUAUUAUUGAUACUGAACCGGAAAUUCUUAUUGUUUGUCCUUGUGGAUUAAACCUUGAUGAAACUAGAAAAGAAUAUGAAGAAACAUUAUUACCUUCAGAAUGGUGGCCAAAAAUUGCCGAAAACGCCACUAAAAUAGCUCUAGUUGAUGGAAAUCAGAUGUUUAAUCGUCCAGGGCCUCGACUUGUGGAUGCAUUAGAAUGGCUCGUAGGGUAUAUAAAUGAUAUACCAGAACUAAUUCCCAAAGAUUUUCCAUGGCAGAAUCUGAAAUGA